GAUUUUCGUAUAAGAAACAUUAGGUUAAUGUAAAAUAAAUAUGAUGGGUGCCAAUAGACAAAUAAUUAAACUGCUUGGACUGGUGUACAUUUUGUUUUGUUCAGAAGCUGUUGACUCAUUAUUUUGACAGUUAAAAUUUUUAAAAAAAUGGUUUACAAGUGGGACUCAUUAAAACCUAUGCCAUCAAAAAGAGUUUUUGCAACACCAAUUUUUCAUGAUGAAAACCUCUAUAUCAUUGGUGGAUGUGAUGAGAGAGGCAUACCACUGGACUGCUUUGAAAUGUACAACUUUAAACAGAAGAAAUGGCACAGGCUCCAGAACAUGCCCACAAAGAGAGCUGCGCCUGCAGUUGCUGCAAUUGGGAAUAAAAUUGUAGCAGUUGGCGGUGUCUCUGAGUCUCAGGCUCCCUUGGAUGCUAUAGAAGUGUAUGACAUGACAGACAAAAAAUGGACUAUUGCUGAUCCAUUAGGAGAAAAACUUCUUGGGAUUUCUUGUGUUGUAAGAGAGAACAAAGCUUAUUUCAUGGGCGGCAUGCCGGCUGAUACAAAUCCUUCAGAUUUAUUUGUGGAAUUAGAUCUGGCUACGAACAAGUGGCAGAAAAUGCCUCCUCUUUUGACUCCUCGCUAUGCAACGUUUCCUUUUCUUAUUAAGGACAAGCUGUACCUACUAGGUGGCAGACAAGGCAAACUUCCUACCACUGCUUGUGAAGUUUAUGAUUUCUCUACCAACAAAUGGACCAAGCUCCAAGAUAUACCUAGCAAGCGAGUUUUUGCUAUGUAUGCUAGCACUGAGUCUCAUUUAUUCAGUGUUGGGGGUCUUCUUCAGCCUGCCAAUCUUGGAUUUUCUGAUGCAUGUGAAGUGUUUAGCAUAGAAAAAGAGGAGUGGACAACUUGCAAGUCCAUACCGACCAAAAGAGGAGACUUUGGUGUUGGUGUGAUAGGUGGAAAGUUAAUCUGUGCUGGUGGACUAGGCAAUGAUGGUAAGCCUUUGAAGACUACUGAAGCUUAUGAUGUGGAAACCAACACCUGGACCACAUUAGCCGACAUGCCUAGUAGCCACUGCUCUUGUUCUUACAUCACAGUGAAUGGACGUCUCAUUGUGUGUGGUGGGCUCUCUUGCCGUGGACCUAGCAAUUGUGCAGAUGUUUUAGAUUUUUCAUAAAAUUAGGUUUGCUAGUCCUUAGAUGUAUCAUGGUAUCAAAACUUGAUUUUGUUUUAACUUUUGUGAGAAAAGAAGGGUCGGGGUAGGAUAAUAAAUUUGUAUCACACAAAUAGUGAUUGAUAAUGUUUGUGAAUGUUAACUUUUUUUUAAGCCUCAAUGUAAGAAUGUUUGGUUGUAGAAGGUACAGGCUUUUCUGCUAGUCCAUCUUUUAAAUAUUAACUUUAUCAUAUUCUUAUAUUUUAUUAUUAUGGCUUUUAUAUUAUUAUAGCUUUUAAAUAGCGCUACUUUCAUGCUUAUAGCAUGCUCAGAGCGCUUUGGUCCAAUCUCAGUUGUGGGGGAGAGGGGGUAUCUAGGAGUUGGUUUUCCGUGCUGCCUUUAGGCGCUCAGUAAACACAACUCUGCUCCAAUCGGGUGUCAAACCUUGAGCCCCCUUCAUAGGUAGCCAAGCCAAGCUAGGCUCAAACGCACUUAGCCUCUCGACCACGCUUCCCGUAUAUAGCUUAUGUGCUUUGUUUUGAUUGUUCUGCUAUGCAAUAUCUUCCUCCUCUUCAACAGUUCACCUCCUACACUUCUUCUGUUCUUUUAACAAAAAUGUCAAACUACCAAAAAAUAGUUCUGACAAAAUUCUGGAAGAGAAUCAUAUUUGAUUUUAAGACUGAAAAAUCUAAAUAUUCAGGUUAGACAAAUAUUUGUAAAAAGUGUUACUUAUUUAUUUGUAAAACUAUUUUUAUAAUGAAGGGAUAAAUUACUUUAACAAAUGAAAUAACAUUUUUCAUGUCAUUUUUUAAAAAAACUUGAUGACCUCUUCUUAUCUGCUUCUGGUAGCAUUUCAUCUAUGGCAGCAUGUUUCUAGUUUUGUUGAAUAACAUGAACUGCUAAAUGUUUAGUGUAUUUAUACUUUGACACUCAGGUAUCGCUUACACUAAAUUAGGAAUGUUUCUUACAUCUAAGGCUGAAUUUAUUUGCUGUGUUUGAUUGGACCAGUAUUACCUCUUUCUCUUCUAAUCAAUGAUACCAUCGUUGAUUUUACUCAAUUUUGCAGCCUAAUCGAUGAUAGUAUCGUCAAUGUUUAAAAAGUCAGUUAUUAUGUUUUCUUUCCUCCCAUAAUGUUUUUAAUUGCUUAUAAUUUAAUCUUGAAUAGUUUUCCUUUGGAAAAAAAUGUAUUUUUUUUAUUUUCAAUGUUUUUAUCAAAACGAUGUUUAUAAAGUGGUGGGGGCGAAAAAAAGGGCUUUAUAUUUUUUUAUUAAUUGUUCAUGGGGUGGUGACUUCAAGACAAUUAAUUUUCUUGUUGUAUGUUUAGAUCUUGUUCUAAAGAAUCUUGUCCACAGUCUAAUUUUUAAUUUUUAAUUCCCUUAUCCCAAAAUAAUCUUUUAUUUUGUUUUUAUAAACAUCAAUUUGUUUUAUCUCAAAAAGGGUGCACAUUCUCCUUUAGUUCAGUACCAAAUAAAACAAUGUCUGAUAACAAACUAAUAAGCUAUUAAAGUUAAAUACAUAUAAGUUUAAUGAAUAAUUCUGUGGGAAUGUGGAUAAUAAUUAUGGAGAGAAAGAGUUAGAAGUGUUCAUUGAUAAGAUUGGCACACCAUCUUGUGCUCAAUGAAAUAUGCUUGGGUCAAUGUAUGCACUUUCUGAGUUGUUGCUUGCACCAAACUGUGCACUUAGUAUUUUGUUUAAAUGCAAUUACAUUGCUUAUUCUUCAGCCUUAAUAUAUAUAUGUUUGUAUACUGUGAUUGAUUGCGAUGUUUGAUUUAGACAUUUUGUUUUAAUACUUGGUUGGUUUUACUUCCUACGUCACUUUGUUUAUAAACCUUUCAGCUGAAACCAUCUUCCAUCGGCUGCAUUUAUAAAAGUUGUUCUUAUUACAGUGGCUUCUCUUGUCUGUUUUGUCUUGAUGCCAUUGUGCUAAGUUUUUAUACAAAUUUACAUUUUUUAUUUACUUUUUUUGUUACCAGUCAUAUACAUUUUAAUUUCUAUGCCUACAUUGAGCGCAUUUGCUAAAUUCAUAUAUGGCAAUUAAUAACAAAAUAGUGUAAUAUUUAUCAUAGGCUUCAUAAAGUUUCUAAAUAUUUUUUUUGUUUUUAACUUCAGUUGAUUUCUACAGAGGCCAAUAAAAUUGUGUUUGUAAUUGAAAAGACUAACUUUAUAAUAACAUCUGUACUGCACAGUGUUAAGUAUUUGGUCACAACACCUUCUAGGUUCUGUGCAGUGUAGUUUUUACUUUUUAAAUAAAUAUGAACAAAAAUAAGAUGUAGACCAGAAAUCAUACAUCUUGUAUUUUGCCAACACCUUUUGAUUAUCUCUUCCCAUUGUGUAGUGUUGGAAUGAAAGGGAUGCUUUAAUAAGCUUAUCCAUGAUUCAUUUUGUGAAACUCUUGGCCCUCAUUGCAUUUGUACAAAUAUAUUCUUAUUUAUUCUUUGUCUUUUUAUUUCACAAGCUUAAUAAAGCUGCCAAACAAAAUAAAUAUUUGUAUAAAAAUA